CUACGUAGGGGCGGUCUUUCUUUGGCGCGGCCCCGCCGCCAUUUUGGGGUCGCCGCCUGAGCUCGGCGCCGGGCCGCGCGCUUGCGGCGGCGUGAAACGGGUCACGGAGCGGCCUGAGAAGCGGCGGCGGUUCGAUCGGCGCUGAGGAGAUGGACGCCGGGGCCCGGCCGGGCGGCGCGGGGCAGCCCCGCGAGUACAAGCUGGUGAUGUUGGGCGCCGGCGGCGUCGGGAAGAGCGCCAUGACGAUGCAGUUCAUCAGCCAUCGCUUUCCUGAGGACCACGACCCGACCAUCGAGGAUGCUUAUAAGAUCCGGAUACGCAUCGAUGAUGAACCUGCCAACCUGGAUAUCUUGGACACAGCAGGACAGGCAGAGUUCACGGCCAUGAGGGACCAGUACAUGAGGGCUGGAGAGGGAUUUAUCAUCUGCUACUCCAUCACAGAUCGACGCAGCUUCCACGAAGUGCGUGAAUUCAAGCAGCUCAUCUAUCGUGUGCGGCGCACCGAUGACACUCCUGUGGUUCUGGUGGGGAACAAAUCCGACCUGACGCAGCUGAGGCAGGUCUCUAAAGAAGAAGGCUCUGCUUUGGCACGAGAAUUCAACUGUCCUUUCUUUGAAACUUCUGCUGCCUACCGUUAUUACAUUGAUGAUGUGUUCCACGCUCUGGUGCGAGAGAUCCGCAGGAAAGAAAAAGAAGCAGUGAUGGCAAUGGAGAAAAAAUCCAAACCCAAAAGCAGCGUUUGGAAAAGACUGAAAUCCCCCUUCAGGAGGAAGAAGGAUUCGGUCACUUGAAGAGAAAGAAUUCCUGUGUAAGAGAAAACCUGGGAGCAGCCACCCGUAACCAAAGCGGUUGAACAACAACAUUUCAGCAGUAGGUUUAAAGACUGAUGGGACUUCUGUGAGGGGGAGCAUCACUUCUACCAUUAUUUUUGCUUAAGACGGUAUUCUCUUAGUUCUGGAUAUUUAAUUUGAGACACAGUAACGAUCUGACUUCCCUUUGCUGUCAUUUUUAGAUCGGAUUCUCCAAAUACUGCUUGUGUGUUGGUUACAGAUGCUGGUGGGUUUCUGACGCUGCACUUUUAAAUGUUUGGUCACUGCAGACUGGAAGCCGAGUUGUUUUAAGAGGAAAAAAGAUGCUGAAUUUCUACCCAGCUUAAUUCAUUCUGUUUCUCAGUCGUUUGCACAACAAAGUGUUGCUGCCUUCCCAGCCACUCACUGCCAUCACCAGAGGAGGAUUUUGUUGAGGUUGUGCUGGAAAGUGCUGAGCAAAGCCUGCGACUCCACAGCCUGGGCUGCAUGCAGGUGGCAGUGAGGGGAGAUGCGUGCUUUGUUCUCACGGGAAAGGAUUUCUCUAGCAAAAAGUUCACCUGAACGAGCAGUGAACCCACGGCGUGGUGGCUGGGAUCCUCAGCAAGGCAGAAACAGCAAAUUAUUGCUCCUCUGGCAGCCGUAACCUGGCAGCAGCACGGAUGUGCAGCGCCGUCCCUCCGUUCAGCAUCGAUGGCGUUGUUGGAGCGUUUGUAGCUGAUGCUGCGGAUGCUCUGCAAACUGCAGCUUUGGGUUUUCCUGACUUGUUUGUUGAAGCUGUAGCUGUGAUGGUGCAGUGGCGUAUUUAUUUACGUCGCGUUUUCUAUGGUUGUCUUAAAGGAGACAGUAUUACUGAGUAGGAGUCUCUAACAUAGUCAUUUCAGCUUGAUCUGUGAUAACUGCUUUGUAAAGAAGACUGAAAGUGAGGCGCUGGGGCCGGAGCUGAUAUCCCUAAUGCUGGUGAGGUUCUUCAGUGCUGCCUCAAAGGUGGGAUCAGCAGAAGGGAGCAGUGAGGGCACAGCAGCACAGCUGGGCGUCCCCACCCAACCGUCAGCACGUCCUUCCUCCUUGGGGGUGAUUUGACACCGCUUACAGGAUUUAAAUCCAGAUUGUUAGAUUGUUGCCAUGCAAAAAGCUCGUGGAGAGAUGGAUGUCCAGGGUUGUUUUAGAAAUGAUACAGAAAAUCAUAGGUGACUCAGAUGGGUUUAAAAGGCCUUUCUCAGAGAACCAAGUGCCUCGAGUCUCUGUUCAGUGGUGAAGGCUGGGCAGCCUGUAAGCGCAGUGCUACUCAAGUGCUUCUCUUGAUCUUUGAACUCUGUGUCAGCAGCUGUUAAUCUCACUGACCCAAAGGCCUUGCAGUGCCUUCAGUGUGCUGCCAGCAGAACUGAAACAGGUUGUUGGACGUGUAAAAAAAUCCAGCACAAAAAAGUGAAGAUAACGAACAUCCAGACCCUAAUUUAGGCUUUCUUCUUUCUACACUCCUUACUGUGUGAGAUGUCACUGAACUUCUGGGCCUGGUGCUUCUAAGGGUAUUUUGUGUGAGGUUUUAAGAAAAAACGAAUCUGUCACGAGGAAGUGGGGAGGGCGAAUGGUUUGAUGCUGUUUGUAGCCAAGCUCAGCAUUGGAGUGGAUUUCUGUUCCUCACUUCCUUCCAGAACUGCAGUGUUUGGCUGUGCUGGUAAUCAUCACCGAUUGCAGAGCAGGGAGAAUAAUUGGGGUUAUUGGGAAUGGAAGAGCUGUCCUCAAUUCACCAUGCGUGCCACUGCGCUGCCUUCACUGCAGUUACUGCUUUGGAACUGCAGCUCUCAGCCGCUCCUUGUUGCAUUAAACGCCAUCUAAAACUGGAAGAUAAAACCCAGGGACAGCAGCAGGGUUAGGAGCAGCUCUCAGUGCUUCGUGGCAAUGAUUACUUCCAGUGUCAGGCAGCUGGGAGCCCAGUUCUCCCCAUCCCAUCUGUAAUGUCUGUGCCUUACGUGAUCCUUCAAUGCAACGUGUGUUUACUGAUGCCUUUUAUGAGCCUGUUGCUUCCACAAUUACUAAAUCAGAACAGCAGCAAGCACUUUUUUUGUUUGUUUUCACAGUGUUAUUCAAAAGAAAAACAAAGUUUUAUUUUUGUCAUGUAUAAAUUUGUACCCGGGGUUAUCGUUUUAUUUGACACUAUAAAUAUAGAGUUUUUAAUACAG